UGAUGACGUCACAUAGCAAGCCACCGCACAGGCGCUGGGGAGUACACGAGUCGACUAGCUGGUGUCGAGUGAGAAAAAACAAAUACGGGAAAAAAAGAAAAAAACUGCUUUUUACUGUAAUGUCUAUGUGGAUGUGAAAGAGGAGACGUGAGGUGGACACAAACAUCAUGGAAAUAAUAGCUGUAAGUAUUAAGGAGGAGGACGACUGUGAAUGGGAGUGUGUUCACCCUCAACAAGAGAGUCUGGACGUUAAGGAAGAGGUGGAAGAGGAGUCUGUCAAUAUUGAAAUGCAUAACCAUACAAAUCUGGAGAGUGUCGAGAGAGAAGUCCUUCGUUAUGUGUGUCAAGAUGGAGUGGUGAUCAAAUUAGACUCUUCUGAGAGCAGAUACAGUACGUCUCCAGAGCCUCCUACCAAUGUGAAGUCUGAUUCAUUACAAUCUGAUACAAAGAGAACUGAGGAAAUUUCAUCUGUUAGAACUCGGGAAUAUCAGUCACCACCUUCAAGUAAGCCUGAAAAAAGAAACAAGCGCCAACGCUGUUCAGAAUGUGGCAAACAAUUUUCUUGCAGCCAUCUUCAGAUCCAUAAAAGAAUCCACACAGGAGAGAAGCCGUGUUGGUGUAAUGAAUGUGGCAAAACAUUCUGUGACAGGCGUACUCUUCAGAGACACAAAAGAAUUCACACAGGAGAGAAGCCGUAUUGCUGUUUGGAAUGUGGCAGACAGUUCUCUGACAGGAGCAAUCUACGGAGGCACAGAAGAAUUCAUACUGGAGAGAAGCCAUUUUUCUGCUUGGAAUGUGGCAAAUCGUUUUCACGACUUAAUCAUCUUCAGAGACACACCAUAAUCCAUACUGGAGAGAAGCCAUAUUGCUGUUCUGAUUGUGGCAAACGAUUCAGUCGCAGGAGUACUCUUCAACAACAUGCCAAAAUUCACACUGGGGAGAAUUCACACUCCUAAUGAACUGCAAGAAAAGGCCUUAUUUGGAACAAUGCAGGUGCUAAGCUAAGUCCACCCUGCAAGUGUAAGAAAUAAAGCAGUACAAUUAGCCUAUCCUGUUUCACUAAUGUUUUGUAGUAAGCACACCUAGAAACUUUGCAGCAAUUCAACCCGAGAGAAGCCGUAUUGAAUGUGGCAGACAGUUCUCUGACUGGAGGUGUUCACAGAGCCACACAAGAAUUCACACUGCCAAGCAGGCAUAUUGCUGUAAUGAAUGUGGCAAACAGUUUGUUUUUUUGUUUUUUUUUUUUACAAAUGUGUGAUCGUCAGAGACACACUAGAAUUCACAUGAGAGAGAAGUACAACAGAAAUGUCCUAACCAAAGAGUGAGAUUCAUCCCUGUCAUGAUGAUAGGCACAUCAAGAAAGUUUAGAAAAAUGAACCUGAGAGAAGCCAUAUUGCCGUGAUAAUUCUCACAAACCAGCAGUCCUCUGGGCCACAAAAGAAUUCGCAUUGUGUGCCUCCUCCAGAAGCCGUGAGAGGUACGUUAGAAGGUAAAGUAGGAGAAAAGUCCAAAUUCACCCACCAAACUACUCAAGUUUUUGGGUACCUUAACAUGGUGGGCUUAUUUGGAUAAGAUGUGUACCAGGGGUUCUUAACCUUUUUAUCUUGACAUACCACCCCAAGUAUGUAAAUGUUUCAGUCUCUUUACUGUAUGUUGGUCUUACAUUGUUAAAGUACUGAACUGUUAUUGGGUAAAUCUACAGCUGACAUUUCUUUUUCUGCCCAAAAAUAUUAUAGUAGGGAAUUUUAACAAUGUCUCAUGGAUAGUUUUUGUACAUGUGUGUGUAAUUUUUUAUAUAUAUAUGAAUUAUCUUUUUAAUAUAUGGACAACAGUGUGGUUUGAUAUGAAAUUAAAAGUAUGGAAUGGCUUUUUUUAUUUACAAAACACGUGCAACUCAGAACCUGAAAUAGAUGUGUAACAACAAAUGGGGACCUUUAAUGGGCUUUGGGGUAUUUUAAUGUAUGGUUUGUAAAGAAUAGCAUCAUCAUGGGCUACCUUAUUUCUCCUACCAUGUACCCAUACUAAAUUGUAUUCACUUACAGUUUUUGUCUUUUAAAUUCAAAAAUGAAACUUAAAACCAAAACUGAACAAUUCAAGCAGUAUCACGUCAUUGCCACCUGAAGUAGUGAAUAUCAACAUAAAUCAGAAUACAAUAUUGCCCCCAGAAUCCGAACUCCCCAGAACUCAAACAACUUGGAAUCUGAACGAAAAAUUUGAGCAAAUUUUGUCCCGGAAUCCAAACGCUGCUUUGGAAUCCGAAUGUCCAGCACGUUGCCCGUUGUGUGUUUGUAUGUACGUUUCCCCAGCGCUUGGGCCACCCAUACCCUUUGUCGUUCAGUUCGUUGUUGGAAGCUGUAGUGAAAGCAUCUCGUGUGAAUUUUCUCUGCUAAUUUUAUGCUUUUUUUGCCUGUUUUGUUAUUUUUUUAUAUAAUAACAUCUUAUUGUAUUCGCCAUGGGUCCUAAAAAUUGUAGUGAGGAAAAUAAGAGUAAGAAGAAAGCUGUUGGAACUACAAUUGAAGUUAAGAAAGAUCUUAUCGCUUUUUAAGGUAAAUACAGGUUUUUAUGUUUUAAAUUUUAUUAAUUUACAUUUUCAUUCAAAUGUUUUUUUUGUUAAUAUUUUACCUUAAAAUCCAGUGUAUUUACUGUUAAAAUCAUUUUGAAAAUUUGAGCUUGUGGGACCCAGGAACAGAUUAAUCCAGUUUCUAUUAUUUUAAAGGGGAAAAAUUGUCUUGGAACUCGAACGGGAUUCUGGAACGGAUUAGGUUUGGAUUCCAAGGUAUCACUGCAUUUUUGAUUUACCCCUACUCUUUAAAGCUGCUUCUAUAAGAACAUCUGUCUUUAUCUGUUUUGUGACGAUUGCAGUUGUGAGACGACUUCAAUGUGUGCAGAAGAUAUUAGCUGGUUAGGAACACUUACUGAAGACUAACGUGUAAUCCACAUUCACACAAAUUUCAAAUGUUAUACACGUGAUUUUUAAACGUAAACUUUAAAUUUCCAAUUUCAGAAUUCCUAUAAAAUAAGUGGUCAGACUUUUCCAUUUUUUAUUCCUGUGUAUUAAUAUAGAAUUAAUCAUUGAAUUUCACUGACUAUAAGUGGUGAAAUUAGCUGUAAGAGACAACAUCAUAUUCCCUCCUGUACCAUUCAAAUUAUUUGUCAUAUGUGCUUCAGUCAAAUUUUAGUUGUUAUACUAAUAAACAUUAUUUUAGAAUAAAAAAAGAACUUGAA